CUCCCUUUUUAUAUGGCAGCGGGUACUUCUGGAGUCUGACGAGUGUUAGGAAAUGUCAGGUGUCAGAAUUUGUCUAGCAGUGAAUGACACAUGGCAUAUUCCUAUAGGUUUAAGGAGGAAUCGGUGGGCAAUGAGCCCUAGACCAUUAGCAUAUUCCUUGACAUGCAGUGAUUAUUCUCUGACAGGUUGUUACGAUUCCCUGGCUUGAUUGUCGUAUAGUGUAUGCUUGCCCCAGUCUGUUAACCUUAGACUGGGUCUUCGUACCUGCAAAUCUUGACCUGUAGGCAUAGACCCGCAUUUCCGGGCGCAUUCCCUAGCUUGUGUGUCGUCCCGUAAAUCCAGCUUUGUACGUCUCGCCCUUCAUUUGCUAUCCGGUCUAUCCCGGUAGAUCCAGACCUGCGCCUACCGCCCUGUCAAUCUAGGUCUUCGCUUGUCGUUCCUUAAGUUUCGUCCCGUAUGCAUAGCCCUGCUCCGUAUUUUAUCCUGUACGCCCAGAAUCGUAUGUCUUGACCCUCAUUUCCUGUUCUGCCUGUCUCGUCCUGUAAACCUGACCUGUAGGCCUUAGUCCACAUAUCUCGACCUGGUUUGUGUAUCCUGUUCCGCAAGUCUAUAAAUCUUGUCCUGUAACCCUUGAUUUGCAUAUCCCGACCCGUACGUCUCGGUUCGUGUAUCCUGUUCCGUCAAUCUAUAAGUCCUGACCUGUAAUCCUUGAUUUGCCUAUCCUGACCUGUACCGUGUAUCCUGUUCCACAAGUUUAUAAGUCCUGAUCUGUAAUCCUUGAUUUGUCUAUCCCGAUCUAUACGCCCUGGUCCGUGUGUCCUGUUCCACAAGUCUAUAAGUCUUGACCUGUAAUCCUUGGUUUGCCUACCCGACCUGUACGUUCUGGUCCGUGUAUCCUGUUCCGCAAGUCUAUAAGUCUUGACCUGUAAUCCUUAGUUUACCUAUCCCGAUCUGUACGCCCUGGUCCUUGUAUCCCGACCUGUUUGUCCUACCUUCCGAGUUCCUACUCAACAUGUAGGCCUAACUCCGGAAUGUCACUUAUGCCCGACCAAGACCAUCCUGUAACCUGGACCUUUGAUCCUUACGUAGGCCGGACUUUUGACCUCCACGUAGGCUGGACUUUUGACCACCACGUAGGCUUGACUGCUGACCGUCACGUGAGCUUGACUUUCGACUGUCUCGUGGGCUUAACUUCUUAACACUCCGUGGGCUUGAUUUCUGACCACGUCAAUUAUCCGACCCUACUAUCAUACACCGUAUCAUAUAUUUAUACCUGUUCUUCUCCUUUCAGCAACAUGGCUGGCCUUGUCUCCUGUUCGUCCCAUGUGUUCCACUCUACCGACCCAUAAUCUGUUAGGUUGGAAGAGAAUCUACCUACCAAUAAACUGUUAGGUUGGAAGGGAAGAUGAAGUGAAGUGGCGAAGUAUAUGUAUACCUGUUCUUCUUCUCUCAGCAACAUGGCGGGUUCUUCUUGGGUUUAUCUUGGCCUUCUGGUCUCACUCACUGCAUUAGCAUCUACUGAUAAUGCCUUUGGAACAGCAGUUUCAGUCCAGCAUGUGGUUGGCAAUGACCAAGGGUUGGAUCUCUCUUCCAAUCUGGCUGCUUGGUCCAUUAAUAGGAUCCUCCAAGUUGGAGAUGAGAUCUGGUUUGCAUACUCGGCAACAACUGAGGACAGCAUAAUGGAGCUUCAGAGCAAGCAGGAGUUUGAGUCAUGCAACUUGAGCAACCCGAUCAAGUUGUACUCGAAAGGCUUCGACAAGGUGAGGCUCCAUGGUGAAGGAGCGCGAUACUUCAGCAGUGGUAAGCUGGAAGAGUGCGAGAAGGGGCUGAAGCUGCAUGUGGAGGUGAUGCCCAAGGUUAAACCUGGUGGUUCAAUUUCACUGAAGAAAGUGACCGAUAUCGAUGGAGAAACAGCGGCAUUGGCACCUGGAACUUCUGGCUCAAGCCAUGCCAAAGCAUCUUUGUUUGUGUUGUUCGUUCUUGCAAUUAUUUUUUGGUGUUGAUGUCGGUUCUUGUGCUUGAGCUUUGAAUGCUGUUAACGCCUGAGUUGACUUCUAAGGUCGACUAUGGGCAUUUUCAUUCCAUUUAAAAUUUGAAUCCCAGUUAUUGUAUUACUUCCGGAUUGCUUUGAUUGAAUGUUAUUAUUGAUAAUAUA